UGUUCAUGAGAUGGAUUGCCUGAGGAAAGAAAGUGCUCCUUUGCCUGUCUGUUCUGGUGCUCGGUGCUCAGUAGCGUCGACCAGACGGCAACAGUUCAAAGAGGGAGUGUGCUGGAUGUGAGGGGUCCAGAGUGAUUUUGCCAGCCCUUUUGCUCACUCUGGAUAAGUACAGUUCUGGGAGAGUGGGGAGGGGUGUACCAGUGAUUCGCUCAGCAGUCCAGACGAUCCUCUGUAGUCUUCUGAGAUCAGGUUUGGUAGAUGAGCUGAACCAGACAGUUAUUGAGGUGCAGAGGACGGAUUCAGUGAUGGCAGAGUAGAACUGUUUCAGCAGCUCCUGGGCAGGUUGAACUUCCUCAGCUGGCGAAGGAAAUACAACCUCUGCUGGGGCUUUUUAACAGUGGACUCAAUGUGAAUGCCCCACUUCAGGUCCUGAGAGAUAGUGUUGCCCAGGAACCUGAAUGACUCCACUAUCGUAACAGUGCUGUCCAUGAUGGUGAGUGGGGGGUGUGCAGGGGGGUUCCUCCUGAAGUCAACUAUCAUCUCCACUGUUUUGAGCAUGUUGAGCUCCAGGUUGUUAAGACUGCACCAGACAGCCAGCUCUUUUACCUCCUGUCUGUAGGCAGACUCGUCACCAUCGUAUUAUUAUUAUUAUUAUUAUUAUUAUUAUUAACAAACUCUGGAGUCCUCCAAAGCAAUAUGAGAAGCAUUUUUUUUAAUACUUAAGAGUUCUGUGCACUGAUGUAUUCCUGUUUUCACCUAAAGCUACAGUGCAUGUUUUUUUUUCUAUUAUUAUUAUAAUUUUUUGUUGUUAAAAAUGAAACAAAAACAUGAUUAUUGAGUUAGGGGAAGAAAACUUACUCUGAUAUGAUGUGAUUAUAACCCUGUAAUGGUAAUGUACAGUCAGUGUUGUGUCAGGGAAUUACAAAGAAGUCCAGUUACAUGGUGACAGGAGCCGCAGCAAAUCAGGAGUUAAGAGUGUGUCAGAGUGUAAACAAUGCAAAUGGGAGUGAGAGAGUGAAAGAGUCCGAUACUACACUAUGAGAGGAAGAAGGAUUCUGAACUGUCGGAGUUGUAUUUUUUUUCCUGCUGCCAGCAGUCCUUUAGAUAGCCCAAGAAAUGUGUCAGCCAUCGCCUCCCUCAACUUCCCUUUUGCCCGCAGCCACCUGGCUCGAACUGACAGGGCAGAAGGUAGGAGGUGGUCACUGGCCUCACUUCCAUCAUCUGGCUAUGGCACCAAUCCACCCAGCUCCACUGUCUCUUCCUCCUCCUCUUCCCAAGAACGUUUGCACCAGCUUCCAUACCAGCCCACACAAGACGAGCUUCACUUCCUGUUCAGACACUUCCGUAGCUCGGAGAGUAUGACAGAUGAGGAUGGCCGAAGCUCAUCUUUCAUACGCCCACGCUCCCGUAGUCUUAGUCCUGGACGAACAAGUGGCUCCUUUGACAGCGAAACUGUGAUGAUGAACCAUGUUUACAAGGAGAGGUUUCCUAAGGCGACAGCGCAGAUGGAGGAGCGCUUGCUGGACAUCGUCACACACUGUUCUGCCGACAGCACUUUACCUCUGGGAGAUGGAGUGCUGGGUUUCAUCCAGCACCAGCUGGUGGAGCUCGCCAGAGACUGUCUGGACAAGUCACAGAAAGGCCUGAUCACCUCCCUCUACUUUCUAGAGCUGCAGGAGAAUCUUGACAAGCUGCUGCAUGAGGCGCUGGAGCGUUCUGAGAGUGAGGAGGUCACAAUCAUCACCCAGCUGGUAAAGAAGAUUCUCAUCAUCAUAUCGCGCCCUGCAAGGCUGUUGGAAUGUCUGGAGUUUGACCCUGAAGGGUUCUAUCACCUCCUGGAGGCAGCAGAGGGGCAUGCUAAAGUUGGCCAAGGCAUCAAAACUGACAUUCCCCGUUACAUCAUCAGUCAGCUGGGCCUAAAUCGAGAUCCCUUAGAUGAAGUGAGUCAGCUAGAGGAAAACUAUGAUUCUGGGCCCUCCCUUAACGUGGACACAGAGGAGCCUGAUCAGAAUAAGUCUGUGCUCACCCCACCCCGAAGGAAACCACUGGAGAGUGACUUUGAAACCAUAAAGUUGAUCAGUAAUGGAGCAUACGGAGCUGUGUACCUGGUGAGGCACAAGGAAACUCGCCAACGGUUUGCAAUGAAAAAGAUCAACCGGCAAAACCUGAUCCUGAGGAACCAGAUCCAGCAGGUGUUUGUAGAGCGGGACAUCCUGACAUUCGCAGAGAACCCUUUUGUCGUCAGUAUGUUCUGCUCUUUUGAGACCCGUAGGCACCUCUGCAUGGUCAUGGAGUAUGUGGAAGGCGGUGACUGUGCGAAUUUGCUCAAAAACAUGGGCCCACUGCCGGUUGAUAUGACCCGAUUGUACUUCGCGGAGACCGUUCUAGCUUUGGAAUACCUUCACAGCUACGGCAUAGUACACCGAGAUCUCAAACCUGACAACCUGUUGAUAACCUCAAUGGGGCACAUUAAGCUGACAGAUUUUGGCCUCUCCAAGAUUGGUCUGAUGAACAUGACGACAAAUCUCUACGAAGGCCAUAUUGAGAAAGACACCAGAGAGUUCAUCGACAAGCAGGUUUGCGGCACGCCUGAGUACAUUGCGCCAGAGGUUAUUCUACGGCAGGGUUAUGGCAAACCAGUAGACUGGUGGGCUAUGGGAAUCAUACUUUAUGAGUUUCUGGUGGGCUGUGUGCCCUUUUUUGGAGAUACACCAGAAGAACUUUUUGGGCAAGUUGUCAGUGAUGAUAUCAUCUGGCCAGAUGGGGAUGAUGCUUUGCCAGUGGAUGCCCAGGACCUGAUAACGCGGUUGCUGAGACAAAAUCCUAUUGAACGACUUGGGACAGGGGGAGCAACAGAGGUCAAACAGCAUACAUUCUUCACCGGCCUGGAUUGGAACGGGCUGCUUCGCCAAAAAGCUGAAUUUAUCCCUCAGUUAGAAGGAGAUGAUGACACUAGUUAUUUUGAUACUCGAUCCGAUCGCUAUCAUCAUUUAGUUUCUGAUGAAGACGAUGACGAAACAAAUGAUGACGAGUCUUCCCUUGAAAUUCGACGGUUUUCCUCAUGGUCAAAUCGUUUCAGCAAGGUAUACAGCAGCACAGAAUAUCUGGCCACGCCAUCCAAUCUGAGUUUCUCAUCUGACCGAAGUCACAGUGAAGAGCAUGAGGAGCGUUCAGAUGGCCGAGAGAGCCAUUCACCUGGAGAGAUGCACAGACAGAGCAGCACAGGAGCCCCGGAUAACAGGAGACUCUCAGGACAGCGACCAUGCCUGCGACCGAGAGCCUCAUCCAGCUCCUCCCAGCCAGACAGGUGUGUAAGCCCUCUGGUGGCGAGCAGUACACACAGCCUGGAAGCCAUGCCACGUGUUGCACUCUCCACUGAUGACGAAGCUGAGGUGGUUGUAUCCAACCUGCGACGAAUCAGGCUGCGUAGCAACAGUACAGGAACAAAGCACUCAUCUCCAAGGGAACACGGCAGUCCACGAUGUUUUGGCAACCAGCUUGAAACCCCUGACAGACAGCAUCUCUCUCCAGGGGGCAAAGUGCCAAAAUCUGCCUCUGUCUCAACACUGUCCCUCAUCAUUACUCCAGAUGACAUGAGCGGAGGUCUUCAGGCCAGCCCCAUUUCCCCACACUCCAUUUCUUCCAAUCCCUCAUCCCGAGAUUCCUCCCCAAAUCGAGACUUGUCCCUCAGCAUCAGCUGCCUGCGGCCUCCCAUCUUUAUCCAUAGCUCAGGCAAGAAGUACGGCUUCACCCUGCAGACUAUCCGUGUCUACAUCGGAAAUAGUGACGUUUACACCAUCCAUCACAUGGUCUCGAGUGUGGAGGAAGGCAGUCCUGCUCAUGAGGCGGGCCUGAGAGCAGGAGAUCUGAUCACUCAUGUGAAUGGAGAGUCAGUGCAGGGACUGGUGCACACAGAGAUGAUGGAGCUGCUUCUUAAGAGUGGUAACAAGGUGGCCUUGCAGACCAUUGCCCUAGAGGACACAACAAUUAAAAUCGGACCAGCACGGAAAACCAGCUACAAGGGCAAGAUGGCCCGUCGCAGCAAGAGGAGCAGGAGAAAGGACAACCAGGACCGACGGCGAAGCGUCCUAAAGAAGCUGUCUAAGCAGAGCACGGUAAUGCACAGCAGUCGCAGCUUCUCCUCUGGCCUCCAUCACUCUGUUUCCUCCAGCGAGAGUUUGCCUGGCUCCCCUACGCACAGCCUGUCCCCUGGACCUUCCACACCAUGCCGCAGCCCAGUUCCAGACCACGCUGCUGAUGUAAACUUUCCCCAAAGUGGCUCGCCAUGCUCCAGCUCACCAAGUUCUCCAGCUGUCCAAAUGCGGCCCAGCUCACUUCAUGGCCUGGGAUCCAAACUGGGCGCUCAACGUUACGCUAAAGUUGGUCGACGCAAGUCAACCAGCAGCAUUCCCCCAUCACCAUUGGCCUGCACUUCCUCCCCCCAGGCCCUGUCUCCACAGCACUCCUCUUCUCCUUUACCCAGCAUCACCAAGACCCUUCAUUCCUACCAUGGUAAAACACUGUCCCCUCCUACUAUUGUUCGUCACGGGGUUCGACCCCGCAGCACCGAGAUUCCUGUCUCGCCCCUACUGAAGAGAGUCCAGUCUGCUGAAAAGCUCUCUGGUGUCUUCCAUGGAGAAAAAAAGGCCCACGGUCCACGACGGCACACUUUAGAGGUUCCUCACUGUGAGUUGGACGUGGGUGGAGAUGCAGAGGUGGAGUCUCAAUAUGGCUCAGACCAUGGCAGACUUGGGGGAUUUGCUGCUGGCCAGAUUGUGGUGAUGCGAAAGCUCAAUCUGUCCGAGCGCCGCGACUCCUUUAAAAAGCAGGAGGCCGUGCAGGAAGUAAGUUUUGAUGAGCCAGAUGAAAGAGCCGGUCAGACUCCAGCCACACCAAGCAUACAGGCUGAUGCUCGGCCCAAGCACAAAGCUGAGUGGGUGGUGCCAAACCCGCAGUCCAGGGAGGAGUGUGUGGUCAGGAGGGUCCCUCUGGUUCCCCAGAUCGCUGUUCAGGGCUCAGAGAGUGAGGAGCUGGAGGACUGGCAGCCAUGUUCUGAUGAGGAAGCCGAGGGGAAAAACACAAGUGGGAGUUUGGACUCUCACCCAGAAGACAAGGGAAGACCAGAGAGUGCGUGUUCUUCCAGCAUUUCAUCAGACAGCUCCUCAGUGGCAUCUAAGAGCAAAGGUCACAUUACUGGCACAGAAGAAACCUCAAGCAUGAGUCCAAGGAAGGGGAAACUCAGAGGAAAAUGACUUGGCUAAUGUUGAUGUCACUUUAAUAUUCCAUACUCGAGUUGACAAGGAAGUUAUCUGUACUCCUCUCUCAGCGCUCCUGCUGAAUGAGUAUAAGUGAGAGCGAUUGGGUUGGAAUGCCAUUUAGUGUCUUGUAAAUUCAAUUUAAAAAUGAAGUAAGCUAGAUUUUUACAGGGGAAUAUUUAUAAUUUUUUAAUGUGUUGGAAUUCUAAUGAUGGUGAAAAAGAAACCUGAUGGUAACCAGCUGGUAUUUUGAACCAUCGAAUGGGGAAUGACUUGACAUUUUUAUGAAAAUGUAUUUUCAGGCAGUUUGUAUGUUUGUAUAUCAAGUGUAACUAACAUGGUGAAUUAUCACAAAAGACUAGGUGUGAGAUAAGAAUCAUGUAGUGUUUUAAGCGAGGGCUAAACAUACAAACAUGCAUUUGGUUGGUCAUGGUUUUCAACUUGUCAGUAUUUUUGGCUUAUUGAACUCCACCAUCUAGUCCAGUUCUCACAGCUUCAUACACAAAUCUUACUGUAUUAGGUUCUUUGUAGGUUUUUUUGUGUGAUCCACUGCAUUUUGCACCAUCUAACCCCACUUUGUUAUGUAGGCUAAGGGUAUUUCGGCUCAGGGCUUUUGGCUGUAGAAGUUUCACAGUUCACUUGGUGUUUGUAAGGUGUUAGAUUUAUUAGCAGCAGAUGUAGGUUUUUUUUUAUGUUUGUACAGAUUUGAUUGAUGGAUAUUGUGGUGCCUCAAAGUUAACAUAUAGAUGGUAGUGACUCUUUUUAACUGUGGAACCUAGUUUUAUGUUCAUUAGUCUGAUUUCUACUGUAUAUUCAUGUUAUGGAAACUAUGCUAACUGGAAAACUGCAGAACAUUUCCAUAGGCAAACUUGAAUGGGUCCCCUGCUUCAACUGCAUUUCCAGUAGGGCUCUCAAAGCUUUUCUCUGUUUCCUAAAACAAAGUUUUAUUUCUGCAGAUAUCUCAUCCCUUAAAAGGGAUUUUAAAAAGAAGAGCUUUCAGUGAGUAUAAAACUUUCAGAUACUUGCAAUGCAUAUUUAUUAAACCUUAUUUAAGACGUCCUGUCAAAUUCCCUUAAAAUCACAAUUUUACAGGACUUCUUUUUUUUUUUCCCCCAAAUGAACUUGGUGUGCUUGUUAUGCAUGUGAUUAUAAUGUGGUUUCUAAACCAUAUUGUUUUCUAUAUGUAUUCCGUAGCUUGUUUAUCUAACUACCUAUUGUAUAGGGAGAAUGUUUACAUUUUUUCCAUUGACUUAAGGGUUUUUUGUGCAAAUACGUGUGUCUUAGCUUGCCCUUAGCAACUGAAUUUUCUAAAUAUUUGAAAUGCAAAUAAUAGAAGUGCAGUUUUCUCUUAACACUGAUCUGUUAAACAAUCUCAUCUCCCUAAAAUCUCUUUUUCUUCCCCCAAAAAAUACAAAAAUGCCCAAAUGACCGCAUUUUUCUGUAUAGGUGUACUACAGUUUAAUGAACAUUAAUGAUUUCAACUGCUUAUUGGAAGAGGUUCAUGAUUUUUCAACGUAGUUAGCAGGAAGCUUUUUUUUUUUUUUUGAAACAUGAACAAAUCUUUUUUUUUUUUUUUUUUUGUCUGAAAAAAAAAAAUACUCUCCUGGUACUUUGGAGUCUCUUAUAGUGCAAAACUGCAUCCUGCUACUAUCCUUUGGUGCUACUUGAAUCUGUAAUGCAUUCCAUGUUUGACGGUAAUUAAUGUCUCAUACGGCAUAAUUUUGAGACCCUUGAUUAAUUGCAUGCUGCAUGUAUUUUAUAGUGAGCACACAACAAAUGCUCGCAUGGCAUUCAGUGCAAUAUGUGUCUCCUGGUGCAGUACAACCAAGCCUAUGACUUUCCGUAAAGUUUGCAGUGGUUCUAAUCAGUUAGAAAUGACUAUGUUAAUUUUAAUAUUACUGCUCACUAUAUAUUGUGACUAUAAAUUAUUUGUUCUUUCCUAACUAGUUGUGUAGCACCUGAACCUCCUUAAUUAACCAAUGGUAAGAUGGGUUGUUUCUGCUUUAAUUUUAUCCUGUCCAGAUCUGGUCAAAAAGAACUGGAAGUUAUGCCGAUGACCAGGAAAAUAAAAAAUAAAAAAAAUAAAUCAGUUUUGUAUAUUUAUAUGCAAUAGUGAUGUUCUUCUUCCUCCAUUUCUUCACAUCUGUGAGGAUCAUUGGUUUUUUUUUUUUUUUGGUCUGUGCUGGUUUGUAAAAAUACUUUUAUAUCUAUUUUUUGUAAUGUUGUUAUACUUGUUGGCCAGCCCAGUCAAUGCUUUGUAAUAAAUCAUCACGUGUUGGCUCUAA